CUAUUCAGUAUUUACCACACAGUCCUCUCCUGUAGUCCUAUCUAUAUGUAACUGAUCAAUACAUAAAUGACACCAGCAUCUUUAAUCCACAUUGUACCAAAUUUGCAGCCAGUGGAACAAGAAACAAGAAAUGUGAGAAAGAUAAAGAAAGGAAAAAGAAGCAAGUAUUGGCCAGUCACCGGCUUAUUUACCAAGACCAAAAGAAAUCUAAGAAGCAUUGCAUUAAUAACAAAACACCUAUAGAGACUAUGGGAAGUGAUUGCAUCAUGAGGAGGAGGUUCCUCGGGAAGGAUGAGGAUGCCUUACAACAAAGGUCACCCGUCUCUGCUUUCUCCAAGCCAGCCAUGUGCCUCGUGCUUCUCUUCUGUGUGGCCCUUUUUUUCUGGGGAGCAGGCUCUGUAGACGAUGAGGUCACCCAGAGUCCUAGAUUUCUGGUCAAAGAAAAAGAACAGAAAGCAAAGAUGGACUGUGUCCCUAGAAAGGGACAUAGUUAUGUUUAUUGGUAUCGUAAGAAGCUGGAAGAAGAGCUCAAGUUUUUAGUGUACUUUCAGAAUGAUGAGCCUCUUGAAAAAACAGAUGUAAUCAACGAGCGAGUUUUAGCCCACUGCCCCAAAAACUCGUCCUGCAGUGUGGAAAUCCAGUCCGCGGAGCUCGGGGACUCUGCACUGUAUUUCUGUGCCAGCAGCCAGUCCACAGUGCUGAAGAACGAACAAAUUCUUGAUCAAAUAGAGAUGGUCAAGGAACAUUUCUUAGCUGAAUGUCCCCAAAACUCCCCCUGCAGCUUGGAGAUCCAGUCGUCUGCACCUGGAGACUCAGCACUACAUUUUUGUGCCAGCAGCCAAGCCACGGCGGCGCUGAAACUUUGGUUCCUUGUAGUAUACAAACUCACCGUGGACCAAACCCAGGAAGUGGGCCGUGUAUUAGAUUGGAAGGAAGUAACAAAUUAA